UUUUCGUUUAUUUCCCUUUCACUCAUAUUCUCUCGGAGGAGGGAAGAGGGGUUUACUCAACUAAACACCUUACGAUAGGUCGCGCACGGAGGGUGGCAGCGUCCCAGGACGCGGGUGGGUAUCGAUUGGAUCCGAGUUGCGCUACUGCUCCCGCGAGUUUACGACUAGUGUCACGAUCAGAGUAUCUUUGCUUCCCCGAGCACACGCACAUACAAGGCAGGAAAGGAAGAGAGAAGGAAAGGAAGUGGGUUGCAUCGGUGAUACACUGGGAAGGGUUUCUUUUGGGCAGGCUGGGCAAUUGCUGUACCUACUAAUUACAACGUUGCUUCACGAGCAGCGACCAUACCUCACCAUUCUCGUUUUGCCGGUAUGUAUUUUUUUUUCCACCCUUUUUUGUUUCCUUCACAUACAUAGGGGCGCUAUGCUGGAGGUAGGUUGGGCUCGAGCUACUACUACUAUUUGUACCAUACUUGGACAUUCUUUGGAGGUUUCGCAUUUUUCUUUUUCAAGUCACUAGUAUCUAUCCAGUUUGACGGGCGGUCAGUCGGUAUCACCCGAUCUUGUUAUUUUUGUUUUUCCAUAUUUCCUUUUUAUAACUUUCCCUUUGUCGAGAUUGGAGUGAAAAAAGAAAGUACCUUCCAGAAAUAUCUUUUGCUAAUACAGUUAAAAAAGGUAUAGACCUGCCUCCACCCAGAUUCUCUCUCCAACCACAGGAUCACAAGGAAGGAAGGAAGGAAGGAGGAAAUAAGAAAUCAAAAGAAGCGAGGCAAGGAAGCAAUCGAAGGAUACCAGGGAAAAGGGAAAAAAAAGGGAAAGAAGGAAGGAAAUGGCAUGGACAACUCUCCAACUGGAGAUCCUUCAAACGACCUCCAGAGUAUCUUCGGUAUUCUCGCUGCUCGGUGCAGGUUUCAUUAUCAUCACCUUUUGCGCAUCAGCCUCAUUUCACAAGCCCAUAAACCGACUGGCGUUCUUCGCUGCCUUCGGCAAUAUAUUGACCAACGUCGCUACAAUAACGUCGAGGAAGGGAAUUGAGCAUGGGACCCAGUCUGCGCUAUGUAAGAUCCAAGCGGUUUUUAUUCAAUGGUAAGAUCACUCCUCCGCUAUUUUAUACACGUAGAGAAUCUGGGGCUAAGCACGAGGAACGACUAGGUUUAUGCCCGCAGAUGCACUAUUUGUCAGUUAACCUAUCAUUCCUCAACCCGAAGAACAGAAAAGAGCUAACUCGGCUACCACAACCAGUGUUUAGCAAUGGCCCUAAACGUCUACCUAACAGUGUUCAAAAAAUACACUACAAAACGCCUGCGAGACCUAGAACUCACCUACAUCCUCACCUGCUACGGCCUUCCCGCAAUCCCGGCAGUAAUCUUCCUGUUCAUAAAGAACGACGAGGGAAUAUACAUCUACGGCAGCGCAACACUCUGGUGUUGGAUUUCCAACGAGUGGCAAUUCCUGCGUAUCGCCGCCUUCUACGGUCCCGUCUGGUAACCUCCUUCCCCCCUAUUACCUCGUCAUUGCAGCUAACCGAGAAAACUCAGGAUAAUCCUCGGCGUCACAAUAAUCAUUUACAUCUUAGCAGGCAGGGUGAUUUUUCGCCUCCGCGGGUCGCUCCGUAACUUUGCGGGGAAAUCUCCAGCAGAACCGCCAGUGAAGGGGACAUGGAGCACGCAGAGCCACAGCAUAUCCCGCACCAUGUCACCGGAUCUGACUCCGGGGCCCACGGCCUCCAUUAACCCGCCGCCAAGCUACACUGUAACCAUCGAGUCCGGCCCCAAACCCCCGGCGGUGAACAAUCGAAGGCCUAGAAACACCGCCGUGGAAGCCAACACUGCGGCGUGGGCAUACUGCCGCUGCGCGAUGUUGUUCUUUUUGGCGUUACUCAUUACCUGGGUACGUCACUCACUCACUCCCUUUGACGAGUGACAACAGGGCGCUAAUGGAUUUCCGUGUAUUCUUAUAGCUACCCUCCAGUGUGAAUAGAAUCUACGGCCUCAUCUACCCCAACGCAACCCACUUCGGCCUCAACUUCACCGCCGCGCUCGUCCUACCCUGCCAGGGCUUCUGGAACGGUCUCAUAUACAUCGUGACCACUCUCCCCGCCUGCAAAGAGUUCUGCCGAAACCUGUGGAAGCACUUGCGCCGACCAUUCCACAUGAUUAUCCGGUGGAGGAGGGCCCGGCGAAGCAUGUCGAGCAAGGCUAGCAGUAUGACUAGUUUACAGCCUGUAUAGAUCGCGUUAAUCUCCCCUCCUCUUAUUUGCUGACUUAAUGGAUUGAUUUUUGGGGUGUUUUUUUUUCUUUUCUGGUAUCAUAUUUUAAGAGUGUACAAUUAGUUACUAUGAUGGCGUUUUCGGACUUUUGGACUUUUUUUUUUUUCCUUCUCUAUACCUUCUUUUAUUACCCUCUCCUUCACUCUUCUCCCCCUCUUUUUCUUGCUCUACUUACUUGACUUGUGAAGUGCGGAGGCUGGGUGGAUGGGAAUCCGAGAUGGGAAGGUACGGUACGGGGAUUUCGGAGCAACGAACGCGAAUGCGAAAGCAGAGGAACGAUAUUAUUAUCAUAAUUAGUAAAUAGAUAGUUUAUUACGGGUAUCUAAACAUUCACGAACUUACAGGUGUUAAGUUACUCCUCCAUC